AUGUCCACAUCAUGUCCACAUCACGUCUACAUCACGUCCACAUCACGUCUACAUCACGUCUGUGACGUUGAUUCUCCUCCCUGUUGUUCCAGCUCCAGGUUCUUCUCCUCUAACGGGCUCCUGAGAGAAGUCAACGAAGUGAAUAAAAUGAACGACUCUCUGCAGUUGGAGCUGCAGAAAGCGUGCAGCGACGUGGAGGAGAGCGAGAGUCUGGUGGAAUCGCUGCAGGCUGAAGUUUCAGCGCUGAGGAGGAGAGUCCGAGAGAAGCGGCAGAACGGAGCGGGGGAAGAAACCGUCAACGAUCUGACGCCUGAACACAAGAACAACCUGCGGCUGCGUGAGGCGCUCGCAGCUCUGUUCACCAGCUCGCCGCUCUUCCACACACAGACUCUAACUCUGGAGGCGUUUCCUGUUCCUGCCGUCGGGAUGAGCGACGCUCCAGCCUCCAAUGAGACAAACUGUAGGAAGAGGCCCAGAGCGGCGUCAGUGGGGGGGGAGAGGAAACGCAGUAAUGUCACAUGACUCUGACGUCACUAUGUUUGGAAGCAGCUGAUUGGAUCCUGACAACGAACAGUUGGGUUUGUUGAGUUUUUUGUUAAAAGUUUAUUUGUUAAAAAUAAUAUUGUAUAUAAAAUAUAACCUGAAAAAUAUUUAGGUUACUGUGUAAAACAUUUUUAAUACAUUUCUGUUUGAAUAAUAAAAAUGUGUCUGGUUAUUUUAAC